GUCAGUAGGAAGCGCCAUACAUUUGCAACGUUUUUCUACUGUAAACUUUUGGAGUCUUACCAAAUGAAUACAAGUACCUUUGAAUUAAUUAUUUAAACACAUACUGGACAAAUGGGGUAACCAACCCAUCUUCUGGAAAGCUACUGAGUGUGCUGGUUUUUACACUAGCCCUACCUGAACUCACUGGAUUUAGCCAAUCCUGACCUCAAGUCAAGAUGGAUGACAUCAACUUACACUACAGGUUCCUGAACUGGAGGAGGAGGAUCAGAGACGUGCGUGCUGUACGCUUUCAGGAGCGCUACAAAAGAAUGCUGAAGAAUGGAGACACACUCAGCUAUCAAGGGAACUCUGAUGAGGUUGGCUGCUAUGUGGCUCCCCGUCCCUUAUCAAAGGGAAACUGCUACUUUGAGGUGACCAUAAUGGACACAGGGGUGAGAGGGACGAUAGCAGUAGGCCUGGUGCCACAGUUCUACAAGCUGGACCAUCAGCCAGGCUGGCUGCCACAGUCUGUAGCCUACCACGCUGAUGAUGGCAAGCUGUACGAUGGGAACCCUGUGGGCCAGCAGUUUGGGCCCAAAUGCAACCGUGGUGACAGGAUUGGCUGUGGAAUAUACUGUGAUACCAUCGAGGCUGGGUUGACCACUGUCUUUUUCACCAAGAAUGGCAAAGAGGUGGGCUCGUUGGUGUUCCCUGCAGCGGCGGAGGGCCUGUUCCCAGCAAUCGGGAUGCACUCUCUGGGAGAGGAAGUGAGGCUGGACCUCCAGGCAGAGUGGGACAUGGAGGAGGCCGACAGCAUCAUGAUGGUGGACAGCCACGAGGACGACUGGGGACGUCUCUACGACAUCAGGGUCACUGGCACGCAGCUCCUGGAGUACGUUGGGAAGGGGAAGAGCAUCCUGGACGUGGGUCUGGCCCAGGCCAGGCAGCCCCUCAGCACACGCUGCCACUACUUUGAGGUGGAGAUAGUGGACGCUGGAGAGAAGUGCUACAUCGCCCUGGGCCUGGCCAGAAGGGACUACCCCAAGAACAGACACCCGGGCUGGAGCCAAGGCUCAGUGGCUUAUCACGCAGAUGAUGGGAAGAUCUUCCAUGGUAGUGGGGUUGGGGAGCCGUUUGGUCCUCGCUGUAUCGAGGGUGACAUCAUGGGCUGUGGCAUCAUGUUCCCACGGGACUACAUAUUGGAUGGUGAAGAUGACAUAGAUGAGUGGGACCCGUUGGAGGUGCUGCCAAGGCAGGGCGAGGGGCGCAUCCAGAACAUUCUGUACCUGAAUGAUGAGGAGGAGGAGGAGGAGGAAGAGGGGGGCGAACUGGACCAGGAGCAUGACGGCAGGAAGGUCAUGGUGUUCUUCACACGGAACGGGAAGCUGAUGGGUCGCCGUGAGGUGGUGGUGCCACCAGGGGGGUUCUACCCCACCGUGGGGAUGCUGAGCAGCGGAGAAAAGGUCAAGGUAGACCUGCACCCCCUCAGUGGAUGAACCUGACCAGCCUGCAUCCUCUUAGUGGAUACGAUGAGUCCAGAAACCGAACACUGCACCCUGUCAUCGCCUGACCAGUGACCACAUCAAGCCUUACUGGGGAUCAACGUAGUGAAACUAGGGCAGGGAUUCAUUCCAUGGCGUUCUAUAACUGACUUUUAAAAGGUAUUUUAUGCUUGAGCGUUUACCAUUUAUUUGAUCUCUGCAAACGCCUGGGAAAAUGCUGUUAAAAGGCAUAUUGUGGGCUGUAUAAAAUGCUACCCUGUAACACAACUUGAAUAGAAUCCCAGCCUUAGUCACAACCAUCAGGACUCACUGUGUCAAAAAUAUAUAUAUACACUGAUGCAGUGAAAUGUGUUGUUUUACAGCGUCAGCAAUAGUAGUUUGGCAAAUUAGGGUAAAGUGCCUUGCUCAAGGGAACAUAGAUAUUUUUUUUCUCACAUUGUUGUCUCGGGUAUUCGAGCCAGCGACUCCUAAAACUUCCAUCAGGACUGACUGUGGCAACAAUACCAUCAGGACUGACUGUGGCAACAAUACCAUCAGGAUUCACUGUGGCAACAAUACCAUCAGGAUUCACUGUGGCAACAAUACCAUCAGGAUUCACUGUGGCAACAAUACCAUCAGGAUUCACUGUGGCAACAAUACCAUCAGGAUUCACUGUGGCAACAAUACCAUCAGGAUUCACUGUGGCAACAAUACCAUCAGGAUUCACUGUGGCAACAAUACCAUCAGGAUUCACUGUGGCAACAAUACCAUCAGGAUUCACUGUGGCAACAAUACCAUCAGGAUUCACUGUGGCAACACUACCAUCAGGAUUCACUGUGGCAACACUACCAUCAGGAUUCACUGUGGCUAAACUAAAGGCUUAGCCUGAGACCGAGUUGUUGGAUAAUUCUGUGCAAUUUGUUGUUUUAUCAUUUUUCAUCAAGCCACAUUUUUCCCCCCUGUCAAAGCAAAUAGUCAGCCCUGCCUGGUCCUGGGCUCUGAAACAGUGGAGCCCCUAAAAUGUCUCUCAUGAGGUCUACUGGCACACUUUGUUGAUUUCAUUUGUCAUGGCCCCAAACAUAGCAAUGCAUGUCCAACAGAGUCCGAGAGCCUGCUGGCAGUUCAUGUUAUAGGCACUAGUCCGUGAGUAGUGCUCUCCUGUGAGCACUGGAAGUUUCUACAUCCCAAAUGGCACCCUAUCCCUUAUAUAGUGCACUACUUUUGACAAGUGCCCAAUUUGCCCUGGACAUAAAAUAAUGCACUAUAUAGGGAAUAGGGUGACAUUUGGGACGCCGGUAGAUUCUGUGUGUGAUUGAGUGAGUAGUACCCUCCCGUGAGUGCUCACUAACUUGCCUCCUGAUCUGUUAGUACUUUAUAGCCAACUCUUAUGGUCAUUGUCAUGCCAAACACAGAUUUGGGACCAGGCUUGAGCUGGGCUAGGUGGGAGUAAAAACGAUAUUCUCCAUAUCAGAUGGAUGGCAUCCUGGUAUCAAGUAACCCCUUAUCAAAUACUGGAAAUUAUGUUAAUGUGUGAAUAUACAUGACAUGGUAUGUGGACAAAAGUAUAUGGACAGCCGUUGAAUGAGUGGAUUUGACCAUUUCAGCCAGAACCUUUGCUGACAGGUGUAUACAAUCGAGCACACAAUCGAGCCUGCUUCCAACUUUGUGGCAACAGUUUAGGGAAGGCCCUUUUCCUGUUUCAGCAUGUCAAUGCCCCCGUGCACAAAGCAAGGUCCAU